UGGACUCUCUCUCUCCAGCCCCCCGCCGCUGCCCCCAAGGCUGGGACCGGCGCCCCCUGUCUCCUCAGGGCUCACUGCCCCCGGGGUCUCAGCCCCCACGGGGGGAAGGCUCAUGUGAGCACAGCUCCUCCUGGAGUUCGCUGUCUGAGGUUUCCCUUAUGGCUGCUCCAUCCCCAGGGGCAGGCAGUGGUUUGUGGUCCCAGAUUGGUAACAGAAGACACUCAGGCAGUCUUAGAAGUUGUACAGCCCCCUGUCAGGCAGGCACCGCACAGGUGAAAAGGCAGAGAAGGGAAGGUCCUUUUCCCAGUGUAAUUUAUAAUCUAGCCCAAGACCAAAGACUGAGUAGGCUGAGCUCUCAGGGAUGGCCCAACUAGGUGCGAUAGCGGCGCUGUCUGUUAGUUUUCUGGCUGCAACUCUCUUCUCUGCAGUACACAAAAUUGAAGAAGGACAUAUUGGCGUUUAUUAUAGAGGUGGCGCAUUGCUGACUUCCACCAGUGGACCUGGCUUCCACCUUAUGCUCCCCUUUAUAACCUCCUACAAAUCUGUGCAGACUACAUUGCAGACAGAUGAGGUGAAAAAUGUUCCUUGUGGUACCAGUGGGGGAGUGAUGAUUUAUUUUGACAGGAUCGAGGUGGUGAAUUUCCUGAUCCAAGGUGCUGUGUAUGACAUAGUGAAGAACUACACAGCAGACUAUGACAAAGCACUCAUCUUCAACAAGAUUCACCAUGAGCUGAACCAGUUCUGCAGUGUUCAUACUCUUCAGGAAGUCUACAUUGAGCUGUUUGAUCAGAUUGAUGAAAACCUUAAACUGGCUUUGCAGCAGGACCUGACCACCAUGGCUCCUGGACUCAUUAUACAGGCGGUCCGCGUUACGAAGCCAAACAUUCCAGAAACAAUUCGGAGGAAUUAUGAACUCAUGGAGAGCGAGAAGACAAAGCUGCUGAUUGCGGCUCAGAAGCAGAAGGUCGUGGAGAAGGAAGCAGAGACGGAGAGGAAGAAGGCCCUGAUUGAGGCAGAAAAAAUUGCCCAAGUGGCCGAAAUAACGUACGGACAGAAGGUGAUGGAAAAGGAAACGGAGAAGAAAAUUUCAGAGAUUGAAGAUGGUGCAUUCCUUGCUAGGGAGAAGGCAAAAGCUGACGCCGAAUGCUACACUGCCAUGAAGAUAGCAGAAGCUAACAAGCUAAAACUAACUCCUGAGUACUUGCAGCUGAUGAAAUACAAAGCUAUUGCAUCAAACAGCAAAAUCUAUUUUGGCAAAGAUAUUCCCAACAUGUUCAUGGACCACACGGGGAGCAAGCCUGCAGAGGGACUGGUGGAAGAGAUGAGAGGAGAGAAUUGGGCCGCUGCCGCUGAGGAUUUGUGAAACCAUUUUAUAACACCUAAUGACCUUUCAAAAUUUCUGUUUAUUUUUUAACAGAUGAAACAAACUGAGAAGUUGGUUUCCCCUUUU